UUUUAAUAAACGCUUAAAGUACUUAAUUGGCGUAAAACAAAAAAAAUGAAAUGUUUGUACAAUAACUUGCUACACGAGGAAAAGCUUACUUUCUAAGUGACCCCCCUCCCUGCUAGUUCUUGGUUUAUAUGUGAUUAUAGGGUGUGUGCGUAAAAGUUAAAGCGUUCUCCUACACACGGAGAAAACUAUGAAAAGAAGAAGAGGAAAAAAAGGUCGUUUCUUUGGAAGUCGUGCUGCUCAGAUGAUGCUUAGGUUUUUCAUGUUUUUUGAUGUCCUGUCCCGGGCUACAUCUGGUACGCACGUCAGAUCUAACACCUGCGAGCCUCUUGAAGUAACUCUAUCCCUUAUGAUUACACACGACCGUCAAAGCCCCUGCAAACAGACGCUUGUAACACCGUCUGGUUGCAUCUGUUGCUGCUGUGCAUACUAACCCGUUUCCCUUCACUGUAUUCUUUGAUGCUUCUUGUGAUCUGUCGGGCUACACAGACUUGCAUUUCUUUUUUCAUAUCACCUCCCCUAACGUGAUUUCUUAUCUCCUCUAAUUGGAGACUUUUUGUCUGAUCUCUCUCCGCAAACCCUUUGAUUUGUUUUUUCUGAGUCAGUCCCUCGUUUUUUUUGUUCUUCUCUUUCAGAGCUUCUUCACCUUGAUAUUUUCAUGUAUCACUUCAUGUUAAGACCAAACUUCUCUUUCAGCUUUGACGCGCUAUAUUGCCGGAGGGGGUCUUUCUCUCGCUCUCUCUCUCUCUUUUUACCCACUUCAAAGUGAAGCGUUGUCUUCCCUUUUAACCUGAUUUCCUUCAAUCGUUCCGACUGUGUAGGGGGAUCACACACAGUUUAGGGAAUGCUGCAGUGAGGUCCCUGCCGCGUCUACCUCAUGUCAAUACCUCAGCGCCAGUGUAUUGACAGAAAUCAACUUUCUCCACAGGGACUGACUGAUCAUGGUCGCCGUGGUCCGCUCUCUCAUGGUACUGCUGCUCGCUCAGGUGUUGCUGGAAGGUGCUACGGGACUAAUCCCCGAGGUCGGCCGGAGGAAAUACAGCGAAUCCGGGAAGCAGACCCCAGAGCAGUCAGAGAGCUUCCUCAACGACUUUGAGCUUCGGCUUCUCAAUGUGUUUGGACUGGGGCGCAGGCCGACCCCAAGUAAGCAAGCCGUGGUGCCGCAGUAUAUGGUGGACCUUUACCGUAUGCAUUCAGCAAACGGAGACCAUAGCACCAAACGACCCAAGAGCAUGGGGAAACACGCAGAGAGAGCCGCCAGCAAGGCCAACACGAUUAGAAGCUUUCACCAUGAAGAGUCUAUGGAGGCCCUGGCCAGCCUAAAAGGCAAAACGACACAGCAGUUCUACUUUAAUCUCACUUCUAUUCCAAAUGAGGAACUCAUCACCUCUGCAGAGCUACGCAUUUACAGGGAUCAGGUCAUGGGAUCUGCAAGCCCCACCGAAAGCAGCAUUAGUGACAGUACUCCUGCUAGUGGCCUCCAUCGUAUCAACAUUUAUGAGAUAUUUGGAGUUCCUGCCACUCAGGGCAAGGAACCUCUACUACGUCUGCUGGACACUCGAAUGGUGCAGGACUCUUUGAGUCGCUGGGAAAGCUUUGACGUCAGUCCCGCUAUAUCUCAUUGGACCUCUGGGAAUGGCCACAAUCACGGCUUCUUGGUGGAGGUGAUUCACCCAGAGGAGGGGGAGAUGGACAGCAAGGAUGCCCACAGACACAGGAAACAUGUCAGGGUGAGCCGGUCGCUACACCAGGACCAAGACUUGUGGCCUCAGGCUCGGCCGCUGCUUGUGACAUAUGGCCACGACAGCCGCGGGGGCUCAGUGCUCCACAAACGGGAAAAAAGGCAAGCAGCACCGCGCAAACAACGUAGGAAGCACCAGCACAAGGCAAGCUGCAAGAGGCAUGCCUUGUACGUGGACUUCAGUGAUGUGGGCUGGAAUGAGUGGAUAGUGGCACCCCCUGGCUACCAUGCCUUUUAUUGCCAUGGGGAAUGUCCUUUCCCCCUAGCAGACCACCUCAAUUCUACUAACCACGCCAUUGUGCAGACACUUGUCAACUCAGUCAACUCGAACAUCCCCAGAGCCUGUUGUGUGCCCACUGACCUCAGCCCCAUUUCUUUGCUCUACCUGGACGAAUUUGAGAAAGUAAUCCUGAAAAACUACCAAGACAUGGUGGUGGAGGGAUGCGGCUGCCGGUGAGAAACAGGUGGCACGGAUAGAAAAGAGCGAGCGGGCACAAGAGGCAGAAAGAGAUCAGAGGUUAUCAUGGACACCCAGUUUCCCAAUGAAGACAUUUAUUUAUAUGAAAGAAACAGAAAACAGAGCUAUUGCGGAAGAAGAAGAAACUAUAUAUGAAUAUAUUUAUGUCUACAUAAGGUUGGGAAAAAUAAAUAUUUUAAUCAAAGGAAUAUUCCUUUACUGGUUUUGAAAAUGUAUUUCCGAUGUACAUUUUGAAAUGGGUGCAAUACCACAUGAAGUAUAAUGCUCAGAUUUCUAUUUUGUAUUUAUUUCUAUUAUAACCACUUUAUUUGUAAAUAAAUAAUGUGUAUUUAUCGUGAAAAAAACAUCCCGUGGUCACUCCAGUGUUGCACGAUCGGCUUCUGACAGAAAUUACCUGCGAAAACGUAACACGUGACAAGAAGCUUAUAUUUCACUGAUUGCAAACCAAGCACUGAACUAUUUUGCUAAAAGUAAUCGGAGACCAACAACAAUGGAGGUUUUGAAGGCAAAGCGAUAGGAUCACUGUUGUAAUGAAAUGUAGCAUGUUGUAGGGUCACAGACAAUUUACAUGCCCACGGGAGGCUUAUAAAAACAGAGCGUGUUUUUAAUGCCUUACAUGUCACUGCAUGGAUCCCUGGGAAGAUUCUCUUAACGUCUAUGUUUAUUCUGCUCCCGACCGAUAUUAUCAGAUGGAGGGGGAAAAAAGUGAAACUGCAGCCCUUCUGUGGAAGGUCUGACAGGGCACGAGGUUUAUUUACAGUGAGAUUUGAGACUAUGGCAGACAGACACACUAACAGACCUUCACCAAGAAAAAAAAAAAGGAAAGAUUCUGUUGGCACUUUAAUUAACGAAGACAAA